AUGGAUUCCCUCAGUGAAGCAAACACCUGCUUUGGGAUUGAUUUGUACCAACAGAUGAGAACAUCCAAAGACGGCAACAUCUUCUUUUCCCCGCUAAGCAUCUCAUCAGCAUUAUCCAUGGUCUAUUUAGGUGGAAAAAACAACACUGCCUUACAAAUGGAGAAGGUCCUUCACUUUGAUGAUGUCACAGGGAACUCAGAAGCAGGGGCUACGAAAGAGCAGGUGGCAAAGGCAGACAAUGUGCAUCCUCAAUUUCAAAAACUCCUGACUGAACUAAACAACCCCACUGAUGCAUAUGAGAUGAACAUUGCCAACAGGCUCUACGCCGAAGAGAGCUAUCAAUUUCUUCAGGAGUACUUGAAUGGUACUAAGAAAUUUUACCUCUCUUGCGCGGAAUCUGUUGACUUUGUAAAUGCUGCAGAAAAGAAUCGAAAGAAGAUUAAUGACUGGGUGGCACAGCAAACACAUGAAAAAAUCAAGGAGCUGUUACCUGAAGGUUCCCUCACUGAGUCCACCAUACUGGUGCUGGUAAAUGCCAUCUAUUUUAAAGGGCAAUGGGACCAGGAAUUUAAUCAAGACAACACAACAGAGGAAAAAUUUUGGCUGAACAAGGAGACGAGCAAAUCUGUGCAGAUGAUGAAACAAAGUAAGUCCUUUAAUCUUGUCUUCCUGGAGGACGAGCAGGCCAAAGUCCUGGAAAUACCAUACAAAGGCAAAGACCUAAGUAUGUUUAUCUUGCUGCCAAAUGAAGUAGAUGGCCUGAAGAAGAUUGAAGAUACACUCACUGCAGAGAAAUUAUUAACGUGGAUGAGUCCAUCAAGUAUGGUAAAGUCACAUGUGGACUUAUACUUACCUCGGUUCAAAGUGGAGGAUAAAUACGGCCUCAAUGACAUGCUGAAAGCCCUGGGCAUGGUGGACGCGUUCAGUCCACAGGAUGCUGACUUCUCAGGCAUGAUGGGGAGCCAGGGUCUCAUGAUAUCUAAAGUUCUCCACGAGGCCUUCGUGGACGUGAACGAAGAGGGGACUGAAGCUGCAGCAGCCACUGGCAUAGAAAUUGUUCCAACAUCUUUCCCCAUUUACCAAGAGUUCCACUGUGACCACCCUUUCUUGUUCUUCAUCAAGCAUAAGGAAACCAACAGCAUCCUUUUCUUUGGCAGAAUCUGUUCCCCUUAG